AGAAGAAGAAGAAAAACAAGAAGAAGAAGAAGCAGAAGAAUUAAAAACAAGAAGAAGAAAAACAAGAGGAAAAACCAAAAGAAGAAGAAGAAAAAGAAAAAGAAACGCAAAAGCAUAACAAAAUCAUUAAUUUCGGAGGAAUGUCCUUGUUUCUUGUAAACAGGUAUCUUGGAGACGAUGAAGAUGGGACGACUUCAAAGGAGUCCAGAUCCCUGGCGCUACUGGCGAAACUGCAUCAAAAGGCAAAAGAGAAGCAGAAGCAAGGUUUAACAGAGGAGCGAGUAAAGAGUUCGGAAAAACACACUGCUGAUCUUGAUGCGAAAAAGAAAAGAAAGGCCGACAAUGACAGCAACCAGGAAAGUCAAAUAUGUAAAAAGAGGAAAUCAAAGGCUGCAAUCCCGAACGUAUCGGACCGCAUGCAACAAGAGCCUCGUGAGGGUGAAGAGAAGAGAAGGAAGAGAGGUGCGAGUCAUGAGAAGCAAAAGGUUGAGCAGUCAGUUUCAGGCUGCGUAUUUAAUAGACUUUCAGAGGCAAAUGUCACCGGCAGCGAUGGGGAGGUUGGAAGGAGAGACGAUAACAUCCCAAAAGAAACCUCAAGGAAGUCUUCCGUUCCGUCUGGUUUCAUGGUUCUGGGCGGAUUCGAGAACAAAACAGUACAAAAGGUUCGCAGAGUUCUACCUCAGUGGCUGGCUCAGCCUGAUGUUAUCCCCAGGGACAUGAGAAGUCAACUGGUGCCUUGCUCUGACAUCAGAGGACUUACUGUGCCGCUGCUGAACAAACUCCAUCAUCAUGGAAUUAAGAACUUCUUUCCAGUGCAAGCAGAGGUCAUCCCGACCAUUUUGGAGGGCGCACAGCAUGGACUACUGAUUGGACAAGCUGGUUACAAACCCAGAGAUGUUUGUGUUUCUGCUCCAACGGGCAGUGGCAAGACUCUGACUUUUGUCAUCCCUGUAAUACAAGUGCUGAUGAAAAGGGUUGUGUGCGAAGUCCGUGCCUUGGCUGUGCUACCGACCAAAGAGCUCGCACAGCAGGUUUGCAAGGUUUUCACAUCAUACGCUGAGGGGACCACCCUGAGAGUGGCCAUGCUGGCAGGCCAGAAGUCAUUUGCAGCAGAGCUGGCUUCACUUUCUGAGCAGAGAGGUGGGAUGAGACGCAGUUUGGCUGAUAUUGUUGUGGCCACUCCAGGUCGACUUGUUGAUCACAUUAACAAGAACUCAGGCUUCUCUCUGGAUCAUCUUAGGUUUCUUAUUAUUGAUGAGGCAGACAAGAUGAUUGACAGCAUGAAUCAGUCUUGGCUCAGUCAGGUAGUAAAGGCAGUGUGCCGAACGGCGGACCAGAGACCAGAGAACGUGUCCAUCUUCAGGCGAAGAGCACCCUUGUAUGUCACAGCAGCGAGUCUGUCUCCUCCUCAAAUGCCACUUCAGAAGCUGCUUUUCUCUGCCACACUCACCCAAAAUCCAGAGAAAUUGGAGCAGCUGGGCCUUCACCAGCCAAGACUUUUCAGUUCUGCCAACCCUGGGAGUUGCUUUAACUGUCCUCAGCCAGUUGUUGACUCCCAUACAUCUGAACUGUUUGACUUCCCCCAAAGUCUGACGGAGUUUUAUGUGCCUUGUACACUCAGCAAAAAGCCUCGCAUCAUCCUCCACUUCAUCCUGCGCAUGAAGCUCAGCCCCAUUCUUUGUUUUGUCAACUCCAGAGUGAGCGCUUACAGACUUCACCUGCUGAUACAGCUCUUUGGUGGCAUUCAAGUCGCAGAGUUCUCCUCCCGACUGUCUCCCAGAGAAAGAAAGAAGAAGCUGAAGGAAUUUGAACAGGGGAAGAUCCAACUGAUGAUCAGCACCGAUGCCGCUGCCAGAGGCAUUGACAUCUCUGGGGUCAAAUGUGUUGUGAACUAUGAUGCUCCGCAGUACAUCAGGACGUACAUUCACAGAAUUGGAAGAACUGCAAGAGCUGGAAAAGCUGGUCUGGCCUUCACCUUCCUGCUUGGAGUACAGGAAAAGAACUUCCUUCAGAUGGUGAUGGAAGCAGGGAGUCCAGGGAUCCAAAAGCAGAUCGUUAAACCUGCAAACCUGAGGAGUUUGGAAGGCCGAUAUGAACAAACACUGCAGGAGCUUGCUGCUGUCAUUAAGGAGGAAAGAGUGCACAUGAAAUGAGGCCAUCUUUUAUGAGCUGACGGAAGAUUAGUUGGAAUGGAAUAGAUGGAGAAUGUUUUUUUUUAUUGUUACAAUACUGAUACAACUUUAUUCAGUUUGUAUGUAUAACGCAUGACUGGUUAAUAAAUACUUACAGCCUGCUGUUA